UCCCGCAGCGGCAUAAUUUAGAACUAAUGCUCACUCAGGGCGUAGGUGUUUGUUUAGUUGUUGCUGUUCGUGUGGGAAUGUUAAGUACAGAGAGAAAUUCAUAGAUAAAAAUAAAUGAAAAUGGAUAAUGGCAGAUAGCUCUCAAAGAGGACAGAAAGAGUCUUCAGCAAACAAUAAAACUGAUGACAACAUGACAAAUAAAAAUAAGCCAGUAUCAAAUCCAGGCAAAGAGAAAGAUGGACAGAAAAAAGCUCACACUCGUCCUAAACCAGUUUUCUUUUGGAGCAAUGCCGAUGUUUUAAAAUGGUUAAGACGUCACUGUCAAGAUUAUCACAAUCAAUAUGCUGGCUUAUUUCUUGAGCAUGAUAUUACUGGACGUUCAUUAGUUCGAAUGAAUGAUUCUACUUUGGAAAAGAUGGGGAUUGUUGACAAACUCCAUAGAGAGGAAUUAUGUCGUGAAAUUCUUAAACUGAAAUUGAAAAGUGAUAUUUUGGAGAUGAAGGAUCUUGAAAGAAAAGGUUCUGAAUUUGCAACUUUUGGAAUGAGUUAGUACCAAGAUAACAUUUACAACAUACACAAUCUUGGUAGAGCUUACAAGAGUGUUAAUACAUUCAUUAAUAUACAUUUAUACUAUUUUCAUAAAAUAUAUAUUUUUAAAAUGUAUACAAUACCAAUUUUUAAUUUUGUUAAAUUUCAAUGAAUUUUAUAUAAAAAUAUGAAAUAAAUAAUAUAAUGAACAAAGUUCAGAUAAAUUCCUGCUCUGUGAUAUACAGUUUACUUGUAUCACAUAUUUGGUGAUUUAUAUUAAAAGUAUUUUUUAUUAUUUUUUUCAUAAACCUUUAGCAUUCCUUCAAUUAUUGUCUAUAAUUGAGUAAUAUUGAAAGAUUUUGUUUAAAUAUAAUAAAUUCUCUUGAAUGAAAUUUGAAUGUAUAAUUUACUUAAUAUAUAUUACAGUUUAAUUAUUUUAUCCAUGUUUAUUGUCUCUAAACUGCAUAAAUAAGAAUUUUGUAAAUAUUUACUUUUUUUGAGCACUGUUUGGACGUUAAAGUUAAUAUU